AUGGCCAGCUACCAGUCGAACGGACAGCCCUCUCCUUACUACGCCUCGAACAACCACCCUUCGGCCAGUCAGAACGCGCCUUAUGGAUCACAGUCGAUGUAUCCUCCCCAAUCGCUACAGCGCGCACCGAGUUUCGAUGCCGGAGAUGAUGAGCGAUACCUUGACGGAGAACAUGAUCCGCGGUGGGGAGCGCAGCGACUUGCCUCGUACGCUCCGCCGACUGCAGGAGCAAGCCCGCCUGUGAACAGGUCGCAGUCCGCCAGCAUACAAUCGUCGGGGGCUGUGCCAUUCAGAUCCAACACACAACAUGCCGCACUGGCUGGUUACCAACACCAAUAUCAACCCCCGAGCGUGCCCGCCCAUGCACCGUACAAUCCCGCUCAAUACCACCAGCAGCCGCAGAACACAUAUAAUCCGCAACUCUAUGCAAACCCCCCCUCCGCCCACCCUACGAGCACCUACCAGCCAUAUGUGCCCGCUGCAUACGGCAGUCCAGACCUCGCCCGUCGCCCCACAGGGUUCAACAGCUACAGCUCUUACGAUGCGAAUUCCCAUUACAACUACUCUUCGUCCCAGGCACCUGCGCCUCCUCCGAAUGUCCAAUUUCCCAAUCCCCAAGCGUACGGUGCCUACCAGCACGAUGUAGCUCAGCAAUAUCCCGUUCGACAUCAGCAGGUCUCGUCCCCUUACUCCCCUCCUGCUCCUGCACCUCCGCCGCAUGGAAGAAACAGCAGCAUACCGGAAGAGCAAUAUCCGUAUCCUACUGGUUCGUCCGUCGCCUACUCUUCCCUGAGCGCGUAUUCGUCUCCUGAUAUAAACCGCAACUCGUCUUUCGCGAGCCACGUCAGUGGGCAGUCUGCAUCACCCCAGCCUUCCAUACCUACGCCGCCAAGUAGGCAGCCGUCGAACCGGUCUCCCCAACGAACGAAUACCUUGGGCCGCCAUCCGGAGGGUCGGUCGCUGCCAGGUCUUCCGUCAGAACCUGAGUCGGACAGUGAUUACUUUACUGGCGCUGAUCGUCGGGGCAGCGCACUGAAUACGCCUUCGGCAGGAUAUGACGAUUUGAUGGGCGAGCUUGAUAAUGCGAUAGGGCAGAGCUCCAGACACAUAAGGGCUGGCAGUGAUGUCAGACUUCGCCAUUCCAGAGACGGAGGCCAAGAUGUUCAGGUGCAGCCAUCACCACAGCCGCUAUUAUCGCCAGACGAAACCCCAACCCAUCUGAACGGCAAUAUCGCCUCAACAGGAAACGCCUACAUCAACUAUGGCGCAUUUUCUGAUGACAGUGACGCGGAAGCUGCCGCCGGACUGGCGGCCAUGCAAGCACUCGACGAGCAAGAGCGGGCGGAAGACGAGCGCCGACGUAGUGGCUCGGCUACUCUUUUCCCCUCCCAGCCACAUUCGCAUGAUACAACUGCUAGGCUGUCGUCUCAGGAGCAAAGCAGCGAUAGUGACUACGCGGGCUAUGGUGACUUGAGUCUUGCGGGAGGGGGUUAUGCACCCGACAUGGCCUAUGGUGAACAGGUUGUUUCCAAUUACGCAGCAGCCGCGACAGCCAUGCCGCAGAGUGAGCUGUACGGUCGUCUGAAUACCAGAAUGGACUCAGUGCGCAGCUCUGCCGUGUCUUCAGAAGGACGAGAAUCGCAGACAAGUGGGUUCGAGUCGAUUCCCUCUGCGCAAAGCCAUCAUCCCUUCUCUCCGUCUCAGAACGUGGCUCGGGUAGAUACCGGAGGCACUGGCGGCUUGACGGAGCCCAGCCCGCACCCAAGGCGACUGAGUUACGAAGAUGGAGACGAAUCAACGCUGAUAGAUGCAGAAGCUGGUCGGACUUCGGCGAGCUCGAGCCCUCGAGAUGAUAUGCCCGAUCUUUUCUUCCAUCCCGGAAUGAGCCAGCAGCGACCUCUCCCGCCUCCUCCGUCGCACUCAGAUCCUGGCCUGCGGCUUCCGCAUUUGCUGCCUAGCAGCACUCACACGCAGCAAAGCCGGUUCUCUCAUUAUGACCAAAGCAAUACUCGUAGUUAUCCGACCGCUCCGGAUGCUUAUCCUAACUCAUUGCUUAGCCCGAUAACCGUGCCACGGUCCACUUCCUUGUCAAGCACGCGGAGCGCUCCCAAGGUAACUGAACAGGUCUAUCGAUCGAAAACAGAUGCAGAUCGUCAACGAAUUCUGCGGCAGCAGGGACGACCGAUGUCUGACUUGUACGACAUCGCCAGUCCGCAGUCCGCUAUCGCACUGGACCUGCCAGCCAUUCCCAAGAAGCGGUACAAUCCGUCCAAGCUCACGAAUGAUCAGUUCAAGAAGUGUCUGGAACCAUGGGCACUCAGUUCGAUCUUGGAUUGGAUCAAGGAGUUGGCCGAAGAAGAAGUCGAUCUCAAGGAGGCUAACAUUGCUGAGGGCAUCGUCGCACUCUUCAUGAACAAGGUCCCAACUAUGUACAUCACGGAAGCUGAAGCACUAGGCGACCGUGUUGUCAAGGAGAUGCUGGACGCGAAUGCUCUUGUCAAGGACGAGGAAUGGGUCAAAUUCGGCCCAGGCACCCUGUCCGGGGUUCUAUACCAGCUGACCGGUAGCGGAUGUUACUCUUCAAAAUUACACUUGUAUCACACCAAGGGCCGGUGUUACUCGUACCACUGCAUGAGGACACUCAAAAGGCUUGAUCUCGACGCACUGCCAGUGGAGAAGAAGUCGGAAGACUGGGCGACGUUCUACAAGCUGAAAAAGGAGGACAUUGAGACUCACGACAAAAAGGAAAUCGAACGUCAAAACGUCCUGCACGAAAUUGUCACCAGUGAAGAUGUUUUCAUCAGCCAGUUGGACGUGCUCAGGGAGCUUUAUCGAGACCGGCUGGCUGCUGCGAAUCCGCCUAUCAUACCUACGAAGAAGCUUCAGAACUUCUUGAAUGAAGUAUUCGGCGGUGUGGAUAAGGUUAAGAAAGUCAACCAAGACUAUCUUCUGGGUCAGCUCAAGUAUCGACAGACGGAGCAGGGACCUUGGAUCGUGGGCUUCAGCGACAUCUUCCGCGAGUGGAUCAGAAAGGCACGGCCUGUAUACGUGGAGUACGCCUCGAACUUCCCCCGAGCAGACUACCUCAUGCGCCGUGAAGCCGAGAGAAACAUCCCCUUCAAAUCGUUCCUAGAUCACGCGCGAGAGAACAAGAAAUCAAACCGACUUGGCUGGGACAACUUUCUCAAAGCUCCAAUCACGAGGUUGCAGCGCUACAGCUUGCUACUUGCCACCGUUCAGAAGAACAUGCUGAAAGACUCGGAGGAAAAGAACAGCCUUGCCUUUGCGCUGGAUGAAAUCCGGGCCGCGACGUUUGAAUGUGAUUCGAAAUUUGCCGAGAUGACCAAGAAGAUGGAGCUCAUCGAGAUGCAAACGAAACUCCGACUUCGUCCGCCAAUGGAGAAAGAGGUGGAGCUCAAUCUCGACCAUCUGGGCCGAGAAAUCAUUUUCCGUGGUGACUUGCAGCGUGCAGGAGGGAAAGGCUUCCAGUGGGUGGAGACGCAUGCUAUCCUGUUCGAUCACUAUCUGGUGUUGGCGAAGCCUCUCGCCAGAGAUCGCAGGGAAGGCUAUUAUGAUGUCUCGAAAGUCCCAAUCCCUAUGGAUUUGCUCAUGUUGGAAAGCUCAAAUGACCCUGCGGUCGUGAAAUCAUCGAUGAAAGGAAUUGGAGCGGUCACCACUGUCGCAGCGCCCCGAGGUCAAGUAGCACCUGACAGUCGACUAAACAGGGCACAGUCUACCGCCAGUGGCGGCACCCCAGGACCCUUAAUACAUACAAAUACCAAUCUCUCGGUCGGAUCGGGCAAUACCAGCCAGUCGAUGGUCCCUAUCACCACCCUCGACAGCGGCAACUCGAAAGAGGAGAAGAUCAUGUACCCUUUCCGGGUCAAACACCUCGGCAAGACCGAGACCUACACUCUCUACGCUCCCAGCGCGCAAAACCGCCAGGACUGGUGUGAAGCCAUCAUUCAAGCCAAAACAAGACAUGCCGAGUCUCUGUACCAACAGAACGCCGAACCGUUCAAAUUGCGGGUGUUGGCGGACACCGCUUUCGCCUACGAAGGUCUGACCCAUCCUGCAAAGCGCAUUCUGAUCAAGGGCACGCCCCUCGACAGGGCCGUUCAAGAAGCCGAGAAAAAGUUCGAGGGACAAGGCCGACCUGCACCGGUCUGUCGAGCUCCCGUCAAUUGUGCGACAGUGUUCAAUCAACCCUACGGCCGGCUUAUGUGCGCGAUAGGAACUGACUAUGGCGUGUACAUCUCCGAGUAUCAGAAUUCUCGGGGGUGGGUCAGGGCCAUCCAAAUGCAGCGAGUGACGCAAAUUGCAGUUCUGGAAGAGUUCAAUCUAUUCUUGCUGAUCUCCGACAAAGCCCUCAUUGCCUAUCAUCUCGACGUGGUCUGUCCGCCCACUGGCAAUCCGGUCGCACAGAAUGACGCGUCAAGCAGAAAAGCGCCGCAGAAGUUGUCCGGCUCCAAGGAUAUCGGCUUUUUCGUGACGGGCAGAAUGAAGGAGCGGACAUUAGUCUUCUACAAGAAGCGCGACGGAAUAGCGUCAACAUUCAAAGUCCUCGAACCCGUCCUGCAGAAGAACACCACCAGCCGGUCACGUUUUCUCCCAUCCUCGACAAGACGUGGUCAGACUGAAUUCUUCCGCGAGUACGACGAGUUCUACAUCCCGGCCGAGUGCUAUGGUUUGAACUUGUUCCAGUCCAGCUUGGCCAUAUCGACAGCGAGAGGCGUGGAAGUCCUGACGCUGGAGAAGAAGCAGACCUGGAGCGUGCCGAACUUGAGGAGUGACGAGGCAGCGACACAAGCACAUCUCAGUUCGAUAGCAAGUCGGAUCAAGGACCUGAAACCGCUGGGCAUGUUCAGGCUCGGGGAAGCGGAAUUCCUCGUCACCUUUGAGGAAUGUGCCGUCUACGUUAACAAACAUGGAGACAUUUCGAGAGGAGUCGUGAUGGAAUUUGUCGGCCGCGCCAAAGCGGCGUGCCUCUACCACCAGUACCUGAUCCUGGUUGACGACGACUUUGUGGAGAUUCGGGACGCUCAGAAUGGCAGGCUCAAGCAGGUCAUUGCAGGGAAAGACAUCAGGCUGCUGGAUGACGGUGGCGGAGGCUCGGGAGGAGCGCAAACGCAGACGCAGGCGAUGUUAGGAGGAGGACUGAACGGGCUUGGACUGAAGAACUUCGGAAACGCGCCGCGGACACCAAAGUUGGUGCUACAGCACCCGGAGUACGAGAGGAGCCAUGUUGUCGUGGAACUGUUAUUGACCCUGGACGUGGCACAGUAG